UUAUCAAGCUGUCAACAAAUGUACAGUAAAAGGUCGACAUGUAUUCUUCCCUGCCAGAAAAUAGAGGGAAAGGAAAGGGGAACUUUUUGUUGUAAGCUUUGGUUGAAAUAAAAUAAUCUAUGGUCAGAAAGACAGCGAGUGUUCGUGGGAACUUUAAGUUUUGUUUCAAGUGUACACCAAGCCGAAGGCAAAAGCCGGCUUCUUCUUCUUCUUCCACUUCUCUUUUACUUCAAAUUUCUCCUUUACUCACACCCUUAAAGUUUCUUUGAUUCUUGCCCUUCACUUUCUUAUUCUUAUUUGGAAGUUGGAUUCAUUUCAUACUUUGUUUUGGAUGAUUUGAUCGGUAAAGGAAGAGAGAGGAUAUGGCCCCAAAAGUUUCUUUAUAUAUAUAUAUAUAUAAUUUGUGAGAAAACAGGAUUGGAUACGGCACAUUGAUUGAGCUUUUUUUUUUUAUUAUUGUAAACCUGAUAUAUUUCAGAAAUUUAAGGAAUUUUUCUUGGGUUUGGUUCGAUUUAUGGGUUGUUUUCCUUGUUUCGGUUCAAGGGAAGAGGAGAAGUUCAAUCCUGUCAAAGAAACCGAUGAUCGAAAACCAGGACACGCUACUGUUUCCUCUAACAUUUCCAGAUUAUCGUCAGGAGGGGACAGGCUUAGAUCAAGAAGUAGUGGAGGGUCCAAAAGGGAAUUACCAAGUCCCAAAGAUGGGCCUGGUGUCCAAAUUGCUGCUCAAAUUUUUACUUUCCGUGAGCUUGCAGCUGCAACAAAGAAUUUCAGGCCUGAGUCUUUCUUAGGGGAAGGUGGAUUUGGACAUGUGUACAAAGGGCAGCUUGAGAGUGCUGGUCAGGUAGUUGCUGUCAAACAGUUGGAUAGGAACGGUCUUCAGGGGAACAGGGAAUUUCUGGUUGAGGUUCUCAUGCUCAGCCUUCUUCAUCAUCCUAAUCUUGUUAACCUGAUUGGUUAUUGUGCUGAUGGAGAUCAGCGGCUUCUUGUUUAUGAAUUCAUGCCCUUGGGAUCCUUGGAAGAUCACCUUCAUGAUCUUCCACCUGAGAAGGAACCACUAGAUUGGAACACAAGAAUGAAGAUCGCAGCCGGUGCAGCUAAAGGUUUGGAAUACCUCCAUGAUAAAGCAAACCCUCCUGUUAUUUACAGGGACUUCAAGUCCUCCAACAUAUUACUGGAUGAAGGAUUUCACCCUAAGUUAUCUGAUUUUGGGCUUGCAAAACUUGGUCCUGUUGGAGAUAAAUCACAUGUUUCCACCAGAGUUAUGGGUACAUAUGGCUAUUGUGCUCCUGAGUAUGCCAUGACUGGUCAAUUGACAGUGAAAUCUGAUGUUUAUAGUUUUGGGGUUGUCUUCUUAGAGCUAAUUACUGGACGGAAAGCUAUUGAUAGCACACGACCCCAUGGAGAACAGAACCUUAUCACAUGGGCACGGCCAUUAUUCAAUGACCGCCGCAAAUUUUCAAAAUUGGCAGAUCCACGAUUGCAGGGACGAUAUCCAAUGCGAGGUCUUUACCAAGCUCUAGCUGUGGCAUCCAUGUGCAUUCAAGAGCAGGCUGUCACACGUCCUCUGAUUGGGGACGUGGUCACUGCUCUCUCGUACUUGGCAAGUCAGGCAUAUGAUCCUAAUGCAGCAGGGCAUGGCUACAGAGGUUCUGGAGAAAAGGAUGAUAGAAGACAUAGAGAUGACAGAGGAAGGGUGCCAAAGAAUGAUGAAGGAGGAACAUCUGGCCGUAGGUGGGAUUUGGAAGGGUCUGAGAAGGAUGACUCCCCCAGGGAAACUGCCAGGAUGUUGAAUAGGGACUUGGAUAGGGAACGGGCUGUAGCUGAGGCCAAGAUGUGGGGGGAGAACUGGCGAGAAAAAAGGCGACAAAGUGCACAGGGUAGUUUCGAUGGGUCUAAUGGGUAGCAUCCCACCUAAAGUGGUGCACCCCAUCUUCCAUCAGUGUUUACCAGCUUUUUUUCGCUUGACGAGGUUAUAAGAAACAUUUCUAACUUUCUUCUGCAUCCAAUAAGUUAGGCAAUGCUUUCUUCCUUCCUUUGAACUGAAGACAGGUGGUGCUCUCUUUGAGGACUGUGAUGCUGACGCGCUCUUAACCACAUCCCACUCCCCACCCCCCACCCCCUUGUUUUUUCAAGUCUUUGGUUCUUUUCUCUUUUCUUUACUUUACACCCUUUCAUUGAAGUAAUGAUGACGAUGAUGAUGACGGUGAUGAAAAGCAUAAUGGAUGUACAUUAUUAUCAACUAGGAGAGCAAGAGAAGAACAAGACGUAUUUAUAAAAUUUUGAGAGUAAAGACGUCUGGGUCAAUGUAAUCCUUGCUCUUCUAGGGUCCCUUCUGUACGGAACUUUUCUUUUGUCUGUAUGUUGUAGUCAUAUCUUGGGUACACAAGCACUUUUUACCAGACCAACUGAGAUCAUUUUCAACCAUUUUUCUGUUGCUAUGUUAGUCAGCUGCUUUGCUCUCUCAUGUUGGCUAUUGAAAUAUAACUGCUGAUUUUGCCAGGUUUUUCAUGGUUUCUGAUUUUCCCUCGCAUCUCCAUUUGUUCCUCUGUAGUAUGAUAAGGCUUAAUCAUUUUUUUUGUGGCCAAGUCAUUUUGACUUUUGAGUUUAUAUGUUUGGAUCCGUAGGCAAAUGGAAAUUCUUAUAAAUGGAUUAAUGGUGAGAACUUAUUUACGAAUGAGUUAUAAUAUCUUUGAAUCA